AUGGCUCGUCGUUCAAGUCAAAAAACUCAUCGUCGUCGUGAUCCAAAUGCACCAAAACGAAGUAAAACAGCUUGGCAAAUGUUUUUCUCUGAUAAUCGUGAAGAAGUUAAGGUAAAACAAAAUCCUAACUUAAAUGGUCAAGAAAUAUCGAAAAAGUUAGGUGAAAUGUGGCGUCAAAGUGAUGAUGCAAUAAAACGUCGAUAUCAAAAUCAACAUCAAUCAAGUGAAACUGAAUAUAAUGAAAAAAUGGCUGCAUAUAAAGAAGAAAAAAAUAGAAAGAGUCAAACAUCAUAUUCAGGAAAAAAUAAAAAAAAUCAAUCAUCAAAUUCAAAACAAAAUAGUGGACAGUCAAAUAAAGAAAAUAUGAACGAUGAAGAUAAUGAUCAAAUGUAA